CCCGUCACAUCAUGGAGUCGUAGGUACAAGGCGUUUUUGUGUUGAUCAAGUUUUAAGCAGAGCAGAUUUAGAAAAUUGGCACGUUACGAAAGUAUUAUGUGAUUGUCGUGCAAUACAACACUUGAAUUUGUAUCGUUCAGUCUGUCAACUCAGACUUUGAUAUUUUUGUUUCGUUUGUAUUUCGAAAAAGUUUGACGUUAGCGAGGUGGCAGGAUUAUUUAAUCCGCCCAGCAGAUAAGGGAAGCCCAGGAUGGCAAGCAGUUCACCCACCAGUGCUGAUGCCUGUCUCAGUAUCGUUCACAGUUUGAUGUGCCAUCGUCAAGGGGGGGAGAGUGAAGGUUUCUCCAAGCGUGCCAUUGAGAGCCUUGUCAAAAAGCUGAAGGAAAAGAGAGAUGAACUUGACAGUUUGAUUACUGCGAUAACCACCAAUGGAGCACACCCCAGCAAGUGUGUCACCAUUCAACGGACACUAGAUGGGAGGCUGCAGGUGGCUGGAAGGAAAGGAUUCCCACAUGUUAUCUAUGCCAGAAUUUGGAGAUGGCCUGAUUUGCAUAAAAACGAGCUAAAACAUGUCAAAUUUUGCCAGUUUGCUUUCGACCUCAAAUGUGAUUCAGUUUGUGUGAACCCAUAUCAUUAUGAACGGGUUGUUUCACCUGGAAUUGAUCUCUCGAGCCUGAGUUUGCAACCAUCUGGAGGAGCUUCUUCAUCUGGCGCAAUGGUUAAGGACGAAUAUCUUUCGCGAAGCAUGGAUAUAGAUGGAAGUGGCGUUGGCCAUUCUCAACCUCAAAUGGGAAUGGGAAUGUCGACACCUGGUGUAUCGGGAGUCGUUCCGCAAAUACCUCCUCCGUUGCAGCAACAGCAGCCACCGCCUCAGACGAUACAACAUCAUGGGCCUCCUCCUACUCCCACCUUUUCUUCCAUGAUGCCACAUCCGUCGCAAAAUCAAGGGCAAUUGCCGCCUAGUAGUCCCACCAGCCCUCCUCAUAACAUGCAGCAGCAGCAGCAAGUACAACAACAGCAAGUGCAGCAGCAGCAACAACAGCAGCAGCAGCAAGUGCAACAACAACAACAGCACAGCAUUCCCACACCUACUCCGCAAGGGAAUGCUUCAUCAAACGAUCAUCACCAAGUCUUUUUCGGAAAUGACAUGCCUCCAAGUUCAGGGAAUUUGAUUCCCAUGUCACCUCACAAUCUCCAGCAAAACGGGUUCCAACCGCUGACUCCUCAAAACUCAGUUGGUCAGCAACAGAGUUAUGUUCCACCACAAAGUGUGCCUCCUCCUCUGGUUGCUAUGAGCAAUCAACCCGUUGUGGGCUCUGGCCCCGUACCGUGCCCGCCUACCGGGGCUGGUGUCAGUGGACAGGGAACCUGGACAGGCAACAGCACUUUAACGUACACCCAAACGAUGCAACCCCCCGAUCCCAGGAAUCACCACCCGAGCUACUGGCCCCAUCAGACACCUGCAGUGCAGCAACACGAUUUGGGAGUCCAGGCCGCUCUGUCCUCGCAACCUGUGCCCGAAUUUUGGUGUUCGGUUGCCUAUUUCGAAUUGGACACGCAGGUGGGAGAAACGUUUAAGGUUCCGUCGUCUUGUCCGACGGUGACUGUUGAUGGAUACGUUGAUCCCUCGGGCGGUGAUCGCUUUUGCCUAGGAGCCCUGAGCAACGUCCACCGAACUGACCAGAGUGAGAGGGCCCGUUUGCAUAUUGGCAAAGGAGUACAAUUGGAUCUGCGAGGAGAAGGAGACGUUUGGCUGCGUUGCCUGUCGGAUCACAGCGUGUUCGUUCAGAGCUACUAUCUGGAUCGAGAAGCCGGCCGAGCUCCCGGAGAUGCCGUUCACAAAAUCUAUCCUUCGGCUUACAUCAAAGUGUUUGACCUGAGGCAGUGUCACGGGCAAAUGCAGCAGCAGGCGGCCACAGCCCAGGCUGCUGCCGCCGCCCAAGCUGCCGCCGUAGCUGGACACAUGCCCGGAUCGAACAAUGUUCCCGGAAUGCCCCCGCCAAUUAGUUUAACGGCCGCGGCCGGCAUCGGCGUAGACGAUUUGAGGAGACUUUGUAUUCUCCGGCUCUCGUUUGUCAAAGGAUGGGGUCCCGACUAUCCACGAAACUCAAUUAAGGAAACCCCUUGCUGGAUUGAGGUUCAUCUCCACCGCGCGCUACAGUUACUUGACGAAGUGUUACACACGAUGCCCAUCGAUGGACCGAGACCUCACGAAUAAAAGUGCCUGCUAGUACAUUUUGUUUCGGCACUGGCAAUUUAUAAAUUUCCCUUUUUUUUUUAAUACAGUAAAUGCGUCAAAGUGAUUGAGAAAUUGAGCCACAAUUGUGUAAUAGCAUUCGCAUUCAUGCCGACUGCCCCUUUUGUACCACGACUGUAUUGGACAUCUCAGGGAAUUGGCUAGAGCUAUUCUCCUUUGUUUGUUUGUUUUUUGGUUAAUAGAGAACGCUUUCUUCUCUGAUGUUCGAUGACACUUUCGAAAAAUUUGUUGAUGCUUGGUGUGUCUUGUGAGAACUGCAAUACUGCAUGACCCGUCAUCUGUUUUCCAUAUGUUACUUUUACUUUUGGCUACUCAAUCUGCCGAUUAAAAGAAAAUAACAAUUGA